CCCUAGAGUUCAAAGAAACGCUCCAUCGAUGAUUCACGAACAGUCAUGGUUUAUUUGGAAUUUUUGUGAUAAGACUCAUCGAGAGCGACAUUUUGCAACAGUGAACAAAGAUCUGUGAUUUCCUCCCAUUUUCUGCCAAUCGUUACUUUGAAAAUGUCGGAUUCUUGUGUUGAGACAUCUUCCACGCCAGAAUGGGUUGUGAAGCUGGAGAAGAAACGCGAGGAGGUGUUCAAGGGAAGGCGUUUGGGUCACGAAAGCGGUGCUGGAGCUCCAUGCAAUGUUUGUGGAUCAGCUUGUCCGGGGUUGGAUUUGCACUUCUGGCGCAAGGUUUGCCGAAAUUGUCGCUGCCGGAAGGAUCAGCACGAGUGCACAGAUGAUGAUCUGUCUGGAUGGGCGCAGUUUGAAAUCCUGGGACAGCAGAGAUCACAGCCGGCGUACAUUCGGAUAGAGAAGAUCGACGAGAAGCCUGUGAAAGUGGAGUGGGUGCCUCCGGACGUGGCGCCAGACAUCGCCACGGACUACAUGAACGAUCUGGGAUCGCAGAAUGUGCCAGUGGAGGGUAGCGAGGCGGCCCUGAAGCGACGCCAGCAGCUCGAGUAUCAGGUUCCACCGCACGACCUGGAUCCCACCUUGUGCCAUAAUCUAACAGAGAACGAGACGGCGCAGAUGCAGCAAUAUGUGGAGAAAAUCAAGGAGAGCUGCGUGGGACAGGGGAAUGUGGUUCGCGUGGCGGGUGGGGACCCUCCCCAGCUUGGCUACAUUGAGCAGGUUUUCCCCACACCGCCCAUCAAUGAGGCGAUUGUGAAGGAUCGCAUGCUGACGUACGUACUGAAAUCCGACGCGAUUAAGGGUGUGCUGCAGACACCGGCCACAGUGCUCACGAAGGGGGCGAAGAUUGUGUCUGAGUGUCGCCCCAUGACGCCCGAUUUCAUGGAGAGUCCCCUGCUGAGCGACAAGAACCGCUACAAGCUGAAGCAGAUGAAGCUCAACUCGCAGGCACUCCAGAGUGGAGUCCUCAAUGGGGCAACGUAUGACAAUCUGUUCAAAGAGCUCCAGGAGCGCAACAUCGACUGCAGUGAAGACAAUCUUCUGGGACCGCUGGAGAAAUUCCGCCAUGAGUAUCGCCAGAAUGAUCGCUUCAAGACGGAUGUGGAUAAUUUCGUGAACAGCUUGGGCAAUGAGUUCCUGGACUCUUACCAAUUGGAUGACGACACAGUUAAGCUCACCGACGAGACUGGCGAGGAAUUAGCUACGAAAGUGUCUCAAGAUGACUUUAAUUCUCCAGUGCCAAUUCGACCGUUCGCUCAGAUGAGGCUGGGCGCGCAAGCUCAGCAAGAGACGCCCGUGAGGCGUCUGAAGUUUGCUAAGGAGUCUAAAUACACAGACACUCCCAUCUACGCUCUGGCCAGCUACGAUAAAGUUCUGCCUGCGAUCAUGCAACAUCCCCUCGUGGAGCGUGUAAUGGCAGCUUCACCUUCGAUCACCACGGGAAUAGAUUUGAUCGCCAAUACUGCUCCGAUAUUUCCGGACUUCGUGCCAGGCCAAUUGAGCCCAGCUUUGGAGCAAAAACUCACGAAUCUUGGCCUGGAUUCGGCUACAGUACGAAGUGGUGUUGUCAAUGGGCCACAAUACGACGAACUGUUUAGAAAUCUACGACAAAAAAAGGUGCGCUUCGGCGAGGACACCAUCCUAGGGCCCAUGGAAGCCUUCAGAGAUGAAUAUCUCGACAAUGACACAUUCCGAAAUGACAUGAACAACUUCACUCUGGCCACAGCUAGUCAAAUGAUGGACAAUCCAAACUCGAAUCCAUUUUUAUUAGGUAUCAUUCCAUCUCAGAGCAGCGACUCUGGCUUCGGAUCUGUUCCACCCACGCCCAAUUUCGGCACCCACCCGAUUCAGGAGUCCGCCGAGGAGCCAAUCGCCGUGCUCAAGUGUAAGCAGUGCUUCCUGGACAUCUGUGCUGGUGAUGUGGCUGUGAAGGCCGAGCGCGCGGGAAAGUCAGUGGCGUGGCAUCCCAAGUGUUUUGUCUGUCACAAAUGCCAGGAGCUCCUGGCAGAUCUGGUGUACUUCUUCCACGGUGGCAAUGUCUACUGUGCUCGCGAUCUGGCCAUCAUUCUCAACAUUCCGCGCUGCUCCGCCUGUGAUGAGCUCAUCUUCAUGAAGGAAUACACCGUGGCCGAGGGCUCAACCUUCCACAUCAAGCACUUCUGCUGCUUUCAGUGCGAUCAGCCACUGGCGGGCCACAAGUACGUGCCCGAUGACACCACGGGAAUGCCUCUCUGUCUCAAGUGUUUCGAUGAGUUCCACGCCGAGAAGUGCUCAAAGUGCCAUAAGCCCAUUGGACCCGCCGAACAAGGGGUGUCGUGGGGCAAAAUCCACUGGCACGGCACCUGCUUCGCCUGUGCCGGAGUCUCCUGCGGGAAGUCCCUAAUUGGGCAGCGUUUCUGUGUGAAAAAUGACAUUCCCUUUUGCAGUCCGGCGUGCGUUAAGAGUAUUAUCUUCUGAAUAGUAUUUGAGAAUCAUCAGACGGAAUCAUUCCUAUAUUUUGUGGCAUUUAGUAUAAUAGAUAUUUUAAGUUGAGUCUACAAGCAUGAGAAGUUCGAACAAAACAGAUCAGACAGAAAUGUAUCUUGCAAAAUAUAUUUUAAAAUAAAAUCAAAUAUAGAUAAAAA